GGUGAGCUGUGUUUACGGUGCGGGACUGAGAGCAGUGUGUGAAGUGAAGCAUUGGGAGGAGGCUCAGCUCAGUCGUUGUUUCCACUCUAUUUUGGAUGGGAGAUCCAGAGAUCUGAAACGCCACCACGGAUUUCCUUUGGGAUAAACGGACAGGCCUCGCCGCUAAAACGAUGCCUCAUUCUCGGCGAUACCCCUCCUCGGAGCGGGCCAGCCGGUGCAGCUAUCAAGACAGGUAUCGUGAGCGAGACCGAGAGCGAGGGAGAAAGCAGCGGCACCGCCGGUCACCCUCGUUCUCGUCCAGCAGCGACAGAGAAAGAAGGGGACGUGGGCACAGGCAGGAGGGCAACUAUGCACGCUCCAGGAGCUUUGACAACCGUUCACUCGACAGACGGCAUUAUGACAGACGUUAUUGUGAGAGCUACCGACGGCAGGACCACAGCCGAGAUCGUGACCGGGAACGCGGCCAUGGGACACCGGACAACUACUACUCUCGUGACGCCUCAUCCAGCUAUGACUACCGACGUGCUCAAGAACGGGAACGUGAGGACUCGUACCGGCAGAAAGGCAGCAGGCGUAAGCACAAACGAAGGCGGCGUAGAACCAGGUCCUAUAGCCCGUCCUCCUCGCGGAGUGACAGCGGGACGCGGGCGCUGUGUGUGAGGGACGACGAGGAGGGUCAUCUGAUCUGUCGGAGUGGCGACGUCCUGCAAGAGAGAUAUGAAAUUGUUGGCACUUUAGGGGAGGGCACCUUUGGGAGGGUGAUGGAGUGCAUUGACCAUCGCAGGGGUGGUUCCCAUGUUGCUCUGAAAAUCAUUAAAAACGUUGAGAAAUACAAAGAGGCGGCACGGCUGGAGAUCAACGUCCUGGAAAAGAUCAAUGAGAGAGACCCUGAAAACAAAAAUCUGUGUGUUCAGAUGUUCGACUGGUUUGACUACCAUGGCCACAUGUGCCUUAGCUUUGAGCUGCUAGCACUUAGUACCUUUGACUUCCUGAAAGAGAACAAUUACCUGCCCUACUCAAUCAGCCAGGUCCGACACAUGGCCUACCAGAUCUGCCUUGCUGUGAAAUUUCUACAUGAUAACAAGCUGACCCACACAGAUUUGAAACCAGAAAACAUCCUUUUUGUGAACUCGGAUUUUACCAUAACAUACAAUGUAGAGAAGAAAAGAGAUGAGCGAAUGGUGAAGAAUACGGCAGUGAGGGUGGUAGACUUUGGCAGUGCCACAUUUGAUCAUGAGCACCACAGCACAAUCGUCUCCACCAGGCAUUACCGGGCGCCUGAAGUCAUUUUAGAGUUGGGUUGGAACCAGCCUUGUGAUGUGUGGAGUAUUGGCUGCAUUCUCUUUGAGUACUACCUUGGCUUCACACUUUUUCAGACUCAUGACAAUAGGGAGCACUUAGCCAUGAUGGAGAGGAUACUGGGCCCUGUUCCAUCCAGAAUGAUUCGCAAAACCAGAAAACAGAAGUACUUUUACCGGGGCCGUUUGGACUGGGAUGAAAACUCCUCGGCUGGAAGAUACGUCAGAGAAAACUGUAAACCCUUGCGGCGCUAUAUCCUCUCCGAGGCUGAGGAGCAUCACCAGCUGUUUGACCUUAUUGAGGCCAUGCUGGAAUAUGAGCCGUCUAAGCGCAUCACGCUGGCCGCGUCCCUCAGACACCCCUUCUUCCAGAUCCCUAUCCCAUCAAGUGACCAGAUGCCAGGCAAGAGCUGGGAGGGAAACCGUGACAUUAGCCGAUGACACUUGUCUCCACCACCCUUCGCUUUAUGCUGAAACAAUCCUAGAAAGCAAGGGUGCUGAGAUAUAAGGUGGAACUGAGCUAUUAUUCCAAAAAAAUAAUUGUUGGGUGUCAGCUGGUGAAAGUUAUUCUCUCUUUAAGAAAACCAACUAUUCACUGACCAAGUAGUUUGAAGAUCAACAAUGAAUAAAAUGUCUAGUUCUGUUCCUACUUUGAAUUUACCUACAUAUAGUGAUUUAAGGUGAUACAAUAACCAUUUAAUUUGUCUUAAGGUGGCGUUGGUUCUACUUGUAAUACUGCAGAUUGGGCACAGCACUACUUAUAUUUAUUUAUUUGCAGCUCUUAGGCAGAAUGAUCACCUUAAGAUUCUAUUUUUACUUACGGUAAAUUUAUUGUUAUGAAGGUAAAAGUCUUCAAACUUACUGGAACCAUAGUCUUCCACAUAGAGGACAAGCUGCAAGGAGCUUUAGUAAAAAUUGAAGAUGCAAAGUAUAUUGAGAGACGAUCAGAUAUUUUGUAUUUGAUCAGCUCUUUUUUUUUUUUUAAUGAACAAAAGGAAAAAUGGUGCCAAGAAUGUAUUAAACAUAUCUAUUGUAGCAAAACAAAAGGAAGUAGGUGCUUUUUUCUUUCUUUUUUAUAGAGGUUUCAAAGGCAUGAAUGUAAACUGGAACCAAGGCACCAGGCUUGGAUUUUAGUUUUUUUUUGUUUUUUUUGUCUCUCCUGAUUGGACAGAGUAGGUCAGGACUGCUCUUUUAUCGUAAUAAGCUCAAUUCUUCCAGUUGUCAUCCAGUCACUGAAGCUCAAUAACGUUUCCUCUCUGAUCUUUUGAACUCACUACAUUUGAGGUGCAGAUUUGUCUCUCAAGCACUUCUUCUUUAUACAAAACAUGGUGUUUCUGUCAGUCCCAACAAACAGGGGCUGCUCUUUUACAGUGUAGUUACAUUUUUUGAAAGAGUUUAUGAAAUCUUUGUCACAUGUUUUAGCGUGGCUGAUGAUAAACACACACAUUGUUUGUUUUUUGUUAAAUUAAAGGUUUUUCUCUAUGUAAUCAAGCACAGAGCUUUUGUGCCUGUUUUUGCCAGUGCUGGUUUACAGUAUUUAUUUUGAAAAAUGAAAUUAAAGCAUUAUUUCUGGUGUUUUUGUAUGAAGCUAACUGUGUAAAUGUGUAUAUAUAAAUAUAUAUAUAUAUAUAUAUAUAUGUAUCUAUUAUUGUAUAGAAUAAAGACUGUCUGUUUAAA